UAGAGAUGUUCAUCGUGAUUGACAACUCGUCGCUGUCGGAUGGAUUGCAAGGAAUAUUGAAUUAUUGAUCUACAAUUCGCGACUAUAAUUAUGUUUGAAUAGAACUAGUGCUACUAAUUGAUAAAAUUCGUCCGUCAUCAGAGUGUUGUCCUUGCAAAUAUUCAAUUUAGAGUUGAAUUCAUGCAACUCUAUGCUUUCUCUUAAAAAAUACAUCGUAUCACGAUAAACAUCUCCGCUUUUUUAUAUAUCUGAUAAGUUUUUAUUCUAAAACAGAUCGAAAUAUUCAAAGAAGAGAUCUGUUAACAAAAAUACUUAUUGCGCAUAGAGAAACAAAGAAUGUGAUUAAAAGUGAGUCCUGACAAAGCAGAUUAUUUAACAGAAUCAAAUAAAAAAAGACGUCAAACUAAUCAUGACUUAUUCAUUGAUGUCUAUCAUGUAUUGACAAUGAUAGUUGAUAUCAUAUUUUCAGGUAAAACACGUCCGAUGAUUAAUGCAGAUUUUCAUCAAUUCUCUUUUCCCUUUGUCACGUUCUUCUUCAAUAAAAUCAAAGAUUUUUCUAUAUAAUCAAAAAAGAAAAGAAAAAGAUCAUGUUGAAUUUGAAUUUCGAAAAGAAUGAAAUUCAAUGAAAAAUAACAAAUAAAAUCAUGAAUUAUGUUUAUUGAUCCAAUUUAAAAUCAAUUUUUUAUCUUACCUAUAAUGGACAAACUCUUCUCUAGAAAACCAUUUUUUCUCUUUGUGUGUUAUACUGGAAGAAGUGAAUGAGAGAAAAAGAGGGAAAGAGAGAUAUAUAACUAAAGAAAAAAUCUACAACGAGUGUCAUUUUGUUUUCGUCGAAGAUAAAGUACAAGAGGAAGAUUAUUUUAUUAGUUCACUAAUUUAUCAAAAAAAAACUCUUGUUGAAUGAUGUGGAAUAUCUACAUAUUUAUCAUUAUUCUCCUGGUCAUUCUCAACAAUGAAACAUCAGGUAAAUACUUUUAUUUAUCACAUACCCAAGAUCAGCUAUCGCGCAAAAAUGAUAUUAUUCAUUAGAAUUUUAGUUGAACAAAAAGGAAUGAAAUAAUAGAUUAUAGAAUUCGUCAGGAAUUUCUGUUAUAUAUUCAAAAGUGAUGGUACUCAUCUCUUUUAGCGACUAUACGCAAUUUUUCUAUGGUUUGAAGAGUUAGUAUAUUUUAAGUCUGAAAGUAUAAGUUGGAAUAUUGAUUGAUAGUAUUGUAGAUAUCUGAGUUUAUAUCGAUUCAUAUAGUUUCAAAACGACUGAAAACUUGAACAUUACUGAAAUCUUAUAUCGAUAUCAAAUUAAUUUGUAGAUCUUGAGACGAGAAUGAGACACAAGAGAAAGAAAAGAAACCUAUUUCAUCAUAUCGCAUUACAACAUAUGGAAAAAAAGGAUUAGUUGACUUUUCCAGAUAAAAUCAAAAUGAAAACAAAGUUUUGUGAAAUUAUUUGACUAUUCUAUUUUGAGAUAAGAUGUAGAUCGAUUUAUCCCAUACAGAUCACCGUCUUCAUUAUAUAAAAAAAUACUAUGAUUAUGAUAAAAUAAUUCUAUUGUGUUUGAUGUAUUCAAAGAGUUUUAUGUAUAAAAAUAGAGAUAAAGUGUGAAGUCAGUUUAUUCAAUUAUAAACUAUAGAAAUGAAUAUAUCUCCUAGAAAGAAAGAGCACAAAUUAUAAGAGAAUGUAGAAAUACUUUGCGAGUAGAAAUUCAUGAUUGACACUACCAUAUUUGUUACUAGACUAUCAUAAAAGAAUAUUGUUAACUAAGGCAAGAUUUGAAACAAAGCUCAGAUACAUAGAAGUUUUUCUUAUGUUUAAAAGGAAUCAAUGAUUAUUGAAUUUGUUUUCUCAAAAUAUUCAACUUGAAAUAAUGAGAGGAAAAGUUUCAUUAAAUUGAAUUAUUAUUUGACAAAAAAGUUAAAGGAAAUUGGUUUUAUUCAAUAUAAGUUUGGUUCAGAUCGAUUUCAAAUUUGUUUUGUUUAAUUUCAUAAGAAUUUAAAAAGAAAGAGAAAAAAAAUAAUUUUUUUCAAUUAAUUUCUUCGAAUGACUAUUUAAUUAAAAGUUAGCAAGAGAAUUUUCAUCUCUCUUUCACAUAUCAGAUUCAAUUCACAAUGUUUUUUAUAUGAAAAUUAGAAUUGAUUUUGAAUUUCAAUAAACUCAUUUUCAUUCUAAAACAAUUCUUUUUUCCUCUUUUGAAUUCAUUUUCGUUGAACAAAUAAAAAAAAUUAUUUACCUAUUUCUUUUUGUCUUCAAUGAUAAUCAGAUGUUCUCAAGGAUAGAACUCUUUUAAUUCAUAUUUACAGAUCAUCCGAGAGAAUAGACCAACAAUCAUAGAAAUGUUUUCAAAAUUAAUCUCAAUGAAUUUUCCAAGAAAAAACAUAAAUUUAUAACUUCAUUUUGUUCACAGUCUUCUCUAAUAUUCUCUGUAUUAUUCUUGUUUUAGCUCUUUCAUUCAAUCAACCAAAGUUUUCUCCAACACCCAUUUGGGAUUCUAAUGGAAUUACUUUUGCUAAUCAAUCGAUUGUUGGUGAAAGUCCUAGCGUCAUUUUUGUGAACAUAAACAAUACAAUCUAUGUCGCUAAUCGAGAAAAUAACACGAUUGUAAUAUGGCAAGAAGGGAGUGUCAAUCCGACAAAGAUCAUUCACGGUAAUUUUACACAAACCUGGUCUCUCUUCGUGACAUCGAAUGGUGAUAUUUAUAUUGAUGAUGGUGAGAAGAAUGGUCGAGUACAGAAAUGGAUAGCAGAAACAAAUACCUUUGUUACAGUGAUGAAUGUCAACUCAUCAUGUGAUGGUUUGUUUGUCGACAUCAAUGAUACGCUUUAUUGUUCAAUGUCUGCUCAAGUAGUGAAAAGAUCAUUAAAUGAUUCUGUGAUGAGUUCAAAUCGUGUUGCCGCUGGAACAGGCAUUGAAGGAUCAGCCUCGAAUCAACUCAACAGUCCUCAUGGAAUCUUUGUUGAUGUGAAUUUGGAUUUAUACGUAGCAGAUUGUUACAAUGAUCGAGUUCAGCUAUUUCAGUCAGGAGAAUCAAAUGGUAUCACAGUGGCUGGAAGUACGUCACGAAAUCCAACAAUUAAACUUCGUUUACCACGUGGAAUUAUAUUAUAUGCUGAUAAGUACUUAUUCAUUCUGGAUUCCUUCAAUAGUCGCAUUAUUGGUUCAGGCUUGAAUGGUUUCCGAUGUUUAGUUGGAUGUUAUGGA